AGAUUACACAAACCCUACGCCGCCGCCUGCCGUCGCCACCUGCCUGAGGGAGAACUGUGAAGUGAGAUUAUCUAUCGUAAACCUUCUCCGAUAUCUUUUUAUUGAAGCAAAAUCGGACUUGGGAGGAUUUGUGCCGGAUAACCCGACCCGUUUGCAAUCCGCCGAGCCCUAGACCAAAAUUGUUCAAGCUAAGAUGGAUGAAGAGGAAAUUGAGAAAACAGUGAUAGCGUAUCUGAAAAAGAAGGGCUUCAAGCAAACGGAGCUUGCUUUCCAGGAGGAGCACAAACAGAACAAAAGGUCUUCUUCUCUAUCCAACGCUAAUUACUCCUCGGCCAGUUCCCAAACUGGCCCUCACAUUGCCAAACACGCCCUCCCUUUUCCCCAAUUCUCUGAAAGUGUUUCUGAAAAGUACCACGACGGGUACAUCAAGCUUCGGUCUUGGGCGGAUACCUCUCUAGAUUUGUAUAAAAUUGAAUUGCUUCGCGUGUUGUACCCUGUAUUCAUACACUGUUUCAUGGAUCUUGUGGCUAAGGGCCACGUUCAGGAGGCCAGGUCGUUUUUUAACAGCUUCCGGGAAGACCAUGAGAUGACUCACUCGCGGGAUCUCCAGAAGCUGGAAGGUGUCCUGUCGCCAUCACAUCUGGAGGAGAUGGAGUUUGCUCAUUCUUUAAGGCAUAGCAAAGUGAGCAUUAGAAUGUGUCAGUAUUCGUAUGACCUUUUGCUGCAAUACUUGCACAAGCCACAUGCCAUUGUGAUGUUGGGGAUGAUAAAUGAACACGUAAACUUUCAAGUUUCUCCUCCUGGUUUGGUUCCAGAUGAUGAUGGCCAAGAGGUAGAUAUUGUUACAGGGAUUGGCUCGGAAACUGCGGGUUUGGUGAACCAGAAAGAAGUUCACUGGGGAAUACUUGAAGAUUCGUUGGAGGAGAAGGCAGGAGGUUUAGGUUUGCUCUCGGAUUCAGAGAAGGUUGGUGGGGAGUCUAAAGAGGGAGAAAUGGAUGAGAAGAAGAUGAAAUCGGUUGAAGGAGGAAAGCAAGGCGGAGGUUCUUCAAUGAAAAAGGGGAAGAAAGAAAAGGUUGAGAAAGUUAAGCCAGAGUUACCUUUGCCAGCAAUAGAUAUGGAUGUAGAGCAGUCCAUUCUUGAAGACUUGAGGAAUCGCGUGCAUCUGAAUAGCCUGUCUUUGCCCUCAGUGAACAUGUAUACCUUUCUGAACACCCAAAAUGCACUGAACUGUGUAUCAAUAUCUCAUGAUGGAUCAUUGGUGGCUGGAGGGUUUUCGGAUUCUUCCCUGAAAUUGUGGGACAUGGCAAAUCCACAAAGAAAGUGCUACACAUCGCUUCACGGUCAUUCCGGGCCCGUUUACUCUUCCACCUUCAGUCCUUGUGGCGAUUUUCUCCUCUCCUCAUCAUCCGAUUCGACCGUUCGGCUGUGGAGCACGAAAUUCAAUGCAAAUCUUGUUUGCUACAAGGGCCAUAAUUAUCCGGUGUGGGAUGUUCAAUUCAGUCCGGUUGGGCACUACUUUGCCAGUGCCUCACAUGACCGAACCGCUAGGCUGUGGUCAAUGGACAGAACACAACCACUCCGGAUAAUGGCGGGCCACUUAUCGGAUGUUGAUUGUGUGCAAUGGCAUUCAAACUGCAACUACAUUGCGACCGGGUCAAGCGACAAGACAGUUCGCUUGUGGGAUGUGCAACGCGGGGAGUGUGUGAGGAUUUUCAUUGGCCAUAGGAGCAUGGUGUUGUCAAUGGCAAUGUCACCAGAUGGUCGCUAUAUGGCAUCGGGCGAUGAAGAUGGGAAGAUAAUGGUUUGGGAUCUUGGCAGCGGGCAAUGCCUAACACCUCUGGUUGGUCACACUUCAUGUGUGUGGACACUUGCUUUCAGCUGUGAAGGCUCGCUUCUCGCCUCUGGCUCUGCUGAUUGCACAGUGAAACUGUGGGAUUUGACCAAGAUGCCCAAACCUGAUGAGAAGAGCAAGUCUGGGAGUAUCAAUAGACUCCGGUCGCUGAAGACACUGCCCACCAAAUCAACUCCAGUGUAUGCCCUGAGAUUCUCCCGUAGAAACCUCCUCUUUGCCGCGGGUGCUUUUUCUUCCAAAAGCACAUAAACUAUCAGGGAAAAUUCUCACACUAUGUUUGGUUCUAGGAAAUCGGAAGGAAAAGAAAAAAAUGGUUUUCUCUCGUUUUCUCACUAAAAUGAGAAGAGGAUUUGGUCUUCCCUCAUCUUUAAUACAUUUUGCCAUUCUCAUUUUCUUUUCCUUCCACUUUUCUAAUCUCUUCUUCUCUAGCCAAACAAGAAAAACAGUUUUUCAUCUCAUUUUCUUUUUUUUUUUCCCUUUCAAAUUCCUUGAACAAAACAUAGUGUUAAUG